AAAUCACAGAUGGUGAUAAAUACAUCUUUACUGCGCAACUCGUCGGGUUCUAUAUGUCAAUUGUUUUCAACGUGAUGACUAUCGCACUUCUCAUCUUGAUGACAAUUCUCCUCAAAUACGUCUUUGACCCACAGCGUCACCAUUUCGUCUUAGGAAUUAUGUUCGUCUCAACUUCAGCAAUUCUGGCAGCUAUCAUCAUUUGCACCGGCAUUUCAGGGGGAAUCGAAAAUACUAAUAGCACUCUUGUCGACUUAGAAAAGAGAAACGCAGUCGAAACAUCGCAACAGUGUUGUUUCGAAGAAGAGGGGUGUGUGUGCAAAUCAUCUGAUGGAGUUCUAUGCAAACCUUGUCAAUUCAAGGGCGUAGUGUGUUUCUAUACGGCUAUUGGUGUGGAUUGCAUUACAUUUAUUGUUUUACUCACCGGGUGUAUUGUCUCGUUUCUACAUAAAAAGAUCGAGGAAAAAAUCGAUCAGUGCGACGGAACAAAAACAUCUGGGACGUACGACUUACUCGCUGAUUGA